AUGUUUUCACCAAAAGGUCAAGAUUAUGGCUCUUUCGGUUUUGCCUUUACCAUCACUCGGGCUUUACAGGCCAUUUGCCUGAUUUGCAUUCUUAGUAUGUCUGCAAAUUUUAUUGCAGAGAUCAAUUCGGUCGACACAGCCCCACCAUCAGUUAUCAUUGCAACUCUCAGUAUUGUUGUGAUUGUGGUCGUGUUUCUUCUUAUAGGCUAUCUUCUCUAUCUUGAGCUCCAACUCAGCUUCCUCUUGGCUACAGCAUUCGAUGCAGCGGCUCUUAUUGCUCUCAUUGUUGUUUCUGUGAAAGUCGGAACCCCACUUUCUUAUCUAGAUUGUCCUGCCCUCCCCAAUGUUGGAGUGACUUCCGCAUUCGUCGAAUCAACUGUCGGGAAUUUCUCCAAAGCUAAUUACUACUUUUGGGUCGGUGCAUCGAAGACGGCAUGUUACGAAAUGAAAGCCAUCUGGGGAUUCAGCAUGGCACUUUGUGUUCUAUUUUUCUUCAGUGGUAUUAUCAACAUGUGCAUAUGGAAAAAGAACAAGCUGGUUGCGUCGAAGCGAGAUUUGGAGUAUCAAGGUUAA